CACUGGCGCGAUGCACGAGAUUUGCGUCCACGCCCAGGUGCAUGUGCACGCCGGGCCUGGGCUCGAGGAGGGCGGGCGCGUGGAGCUGCAGGUCGAGCGGCUCACGACCUUCGCCCACGUCCUGCGCGACAAGGGCCUCGACACGGAGCUUCUGCACGUGAAGGACCACGCCGACGACGCGACCGACUGUCACGAGCAGGUCUACCUCCUCCUUCUCGGUAUUUCCAAGGCCGCGCAGGAAGAGAAGAUUCUCUCGACACUUUCGGAGGCGCACCAGUAUGUGCGCACACUGCCCGGCUCGGCGCGGACGCAGCAGAUCAUCAUGGCCUUGCUCCGGGAAGCAUCCGUCGAGGACAACUUGUACCUUGGCCAGGACGGACUCACGCUUGCAUUCCACGCAAACGAGAAGCUCUUCCCACAGCUCCAGGAGCACGUUCAGGUAUCGCUGCUACCGCUACACAACGACGUGCUGCGCCACGACAUCCUCGCCAAGUGGCAUGCUGCGCCGGGCUUGGCACUACCGUUCCGAGAGAUCCACUCGUACUUUGGACCUGCGCUCUCCAUGUACUUUGUUUGGCUCGAUUUUUACACGCAGUUUCUGGUCGUGCCCAGCAUCUGCGGCGUCGCCCUCUUUCUCAUGGAGGCUGCUGCGAUCGACACGACGCUGUACAUCCUCCCGUUCUCGAUCGUACUUUCGAUCAGCACGUCGAUUUUUGUCGACUCGUGGACGCGUCAGCAGCGGCAGACCGAGUACCAAUGGCAGUACACGCCAGUCGAGGACACGUACAGCGAACCUCGACCGGCGUUUCUUGGCGAGUGGAUUCGCGAUCCUGUGACGCACGAGCUCGUCUUUGACACCCCGCAUUGGAAGCGCACCGUGGUUCGCGCCUGCGUGACACUGCCGCUAGUCUUGCUCAUGUGCCUUGGGGUCCUUCUCUACGUCCUCGGCCUCGAGUGGUUUGCGGACCACAACAAGCACUGGUUCCCCAUGUGCUACGACCAGAUCGACGAAAACGACGCCGCCUAUUGCGCGAUGGUCAUCCAAGGCCCAAGCGUUCUUAAUGCGGUGCUUAUUGAGGUGAUGGACCUCUUGUAUCUCAAGCUCGCCAAGUGGCUCACACGGCUCGAGAACUAUCGAACGGUCGAAGAGCACGAGAACCAGCUCAUUCUCAAGCGCAUGCCGUUCCACUUGAUUAACUGCAACGCGUCGCUGCUGUACCUCGCCUUUAUCGCGCAGGACCUCACGCGACUGCGUCGCCGGCUCUGGAUCCUCAUGGUCGGCAUGCAAUGCCUCGACAACGUCAAGGAGGUGGCCAUGCCUGCGCUUAUGCUGUGGUUCCAAGGUGGUCUCAGUGAUGCUCACGUUGUGUUGCACACAACGACGAACGACAAGGUAGCGCACAUCCUGCGUCAGAAGCAUCAAACACCGUACAAAGACACGUUUUCCGACUUCAAGGAAAUGAUGUUGCAGUACGGCUACGUCACGCUAUAUGCCCCCGUGUUUCCGCUGGCGCCGCUCUUCGCCUACCUCAACAACCUCAUCGAAGCGCGGUCCGACUUUUUCAAACUAAUUAACAGCUAUGGCCUCCAGCGGCCGUACGCCAAGCACACCCAUGGCAUUGGCAUUUGGUCCCGCGUCCUGUACGUCAUCUCGGUCGUCGCCGUCCUCGUCAACUGCGGCCUCUUGGGCAUCUACCAGAUCGAAGUGCUCGCACCCGACAUGUCGGACGUUCACCGCGUGUGCCUCAUCUUUGGCUUGGAGCACAUCAUCCUACUCGUCAAGGUGUGCUUGGACUGGUCCAACCCCGACGUACCGACGUGGACCGCCUUGGACGAGCGUCGGCGCUUCCUCAACACGCAAGCCUCCACGAAGCAGCAUUUACUCAAGAAGGCGGCGUAGUAGUUGUCACGGUAUGCCAUCGAGACUCGUUUGCAGCUCUUUGGAGCAAAGUUUACGGUAGACAUGUUGUUUUUCUCUCGCAUUAAUUCAUCUUUGUGCCUUGUUGC